AUGGAAAGAUCACGUCGGGCUGGUGCAAAGAAAACCCCUCACGAGGGAUUCAAAGAGCUUCGUGAGCUUAAAGCUUCCGGGAAGACGCGUUUGUCUGGGUACAAGGUCGAGGAAGAGGAGGACUUUUAUGAUCUAGUGGACGAGGAGGAAUACAAGAAGGUUGUGCGUCAGCGUCUUGACCAAGAUGAUUUUGUGGUAGAUGACCAGGGGGAAGGCUACGCAGACAAUGGGAUGGAUGACUGGGAUGACGAUCAUCGCCGGGAGGGAAGUUGGGAGGAGAGUGAAGAUGAGAGGUCAAAGAAGGGGGGAAGGUCGGCGAAAGCCAGAAAGGCGGAGGAGCAGAAACGGAAGGGAGAGCAAGAGGGGAAUAUCCGAAAAUUCUUCAAUUCGAAUACCGCACCCACCGCCAAACCGAAGCCCAAGGUGAAAGAAGAAAAUCUCAACUUUUUGAACGACCUUCUAGGGGAAUUCGAUAACGACUCUCCGGCGGAGCCGAUAUCGUUGAUGAGUAAAAGGCCUAGAGGCGACCCUGUGGCAAAAGUACGCCGGCUUUCACCUCCCCUGAAGGACUCAAAACCCACCAGGAUGGACCAAAUUAGUCAAGCCGGAGGGGAGGGCGAGAAACCGAGUUUUGCAGGCUCUUCACUUUCCAAUGCCGGAAAUGCUGAUAAUGAUGACCAAGACUAUGGUUCUUUUGAUGAAGAUGUAGAUAUGGGCGACGCCCCGGUAGUACCAUCUUCUCCAAUCGCGGAUGCCGUCAAGAGGAAGCGCUCGAAAGAUGAGGACGAAGAUGAUGAAGAUCUUUCUGUUGCGCGGAUUCAAGGUAGCAAAUCUAUCAAGGUGGAAGCUGUCAACAUCAUUGCUUCGAGGCCGGCACUCAAGAGUCAAACUGUGAAACAAGAGGCAGUUGUACCCAACAAACCAGUCGCAGCGAUUGAUCCUACAACCUGGGCAUCGUUUGCCGGAGGGGACAAUGUCACGAGCUCUCCUGCUUUAGAUGGUUCUGACCUUGAAAAGCUGGGGCCCGAGGACGUUGAGGAAGAUGGGUUCAUUAAAAUGUUCUGGUUAGACUAUACUGAGGUUCAUGGGAGCCUUUGUCUUUUUGGGAAAGUUCAAGACAAAAAGUCGGGGAAGUAUGUCAGUGCAUUCCUAAAAAUUGAUGGAAUACUCAGAAAUCUAUACUUUUUGCCAAGGGAAACAAGAUACAAGAAUAAAUUGGACACUGGUGAGAUCGUAGCAAUGCAAGAUGUCCAUGAUGAGAUCGCAGAAAUCAUGGAACACCAUGGAAUCAAUUUUUUUAAGGCUAAGCCAUCAUGGAGAAGGUAUGCGUUUGAACUUCCCGGUAUUCCUAAAGGAAGCGAUUACUUGAAGGUUCUAUAUCCAUAUACCAAGCCACCCUUUUCCCAUGAGCUUACAGGGCAGACAUUCUCUUGCGUUUUUGGAACAAGCACAGCUCUCUUCGAGCAAUUCGUGUUAUGUAGAAACAUUAUGGGCCCUUGUUGGUUGAAAAUCGAGGGGGCCAAUUUCACUGCAGUGGAGAAUUCAUCGUGGUGUAAAUUAGAGAUCCAAGUCGCCGAACCGCAACAGGUUACUACUAUCGGUGAUGCGGAUUCAUUGGAACCUCCUCCUUUGACAUUGAUGAGUAUUGCAUUACGCACACACAUGAAUGUCAAGGAUAACAAGCAAGAAAUUCUUGCUGUGAGUUGCAGGAUAUACGAGAAUAUCUCACUAAAUGAUGCAAAUGCGCCGGAGAAGCUCUCAUGUCAAAUGUUUUCCGUGGUUAGACCGAUUGAUCCAGUGUACCCAGCUGACUUUGAAAAGCUUGUUCAAAAUCACAAAGGCACUAUCAGCCCCCAGAGAACUGAGAGCAUGCUUUUGACCACAUUCCUCUCCAAGCUUCACCAAAUAGAUCCCGAUGUUCUGAUCGGACAUCAGUUAGAGGGUGUUGACUAUGGGAUCUUGCUGCAUAGAAUGAAAGAACGCAUGACUACUAAUUGGCACCGACUCGGACGGAUGAAGCGAAGUGCAUGGCCCCAGUACGGCGGCCGAAUGGCAGGAAGCUUCUUUGCUGAGAGACACCUUGUCUCUGGCAGACUUAUUUGUGAUCUUGCCAACGAUCUUGGAAAGUCCCUUACGACGCAAUGCCAAUCCUGGAGUCUCACGGAAAUGUGUGACUUGAUAUUGGGGGAUAAACGGCAGGACCUCGAUAAUGCUGAAGCUUUGAGGACGUGGGCAACCACUGGUAGAGGUUUGCUCGAUUACGUAAAGCAUUGCGAGGCCGAUACAUAUUUCAUCGCGGCCAUUGCACUCAAGAUCCAGAUAGUACCUCUUGCCAAACAGCUCACCAAUCUUGCUGGUAAUUCAUGGGCCAGAACUAUGAGCGGUACGAGAGCUGAACGCAAUGAGUACAUUUUGCUUCAUGAAUUUUACCGCAAUAAGUAUAUUUGUCCUGACAAGGUGUACGGCAAGGGUAAUACCACUCAGAAAGCGGACGGAGCUGGGAAUGAGGGGGAAAAUGAAGGUGGCGGGGUCAAGAAGAAAGAGAAGUAUAAGGGUGGCUUAGUCUUUGAACCGGAGAAAGGCCUCUACGACAAAUUCAUUCUUGUCAUGGACUUCAACUCCCUAUACCCCAGUAUCAUCCAGGAGUUUAACAUCUGUUUUACGACAGUCAAGCGGGAUGAUUCGGGUGAAGAGAAAGUCCCUGAUGUGCCUGAAACACAGGUGUUAGGGAUAUUGCCUAGACUUAUCUCAACACUUGUCCAACGUAGAAGGAUCGUCAAGAAUCUCAUGAAAGACAAGACAGCCACCGAUGUUCAAAAAUCACAGUGGGACAUCAAACAACAAGCUCUGAAGCUUACAGCGAACUCUAUGUACGGAUGUCUUGGAUACCCCCGUUCCAGGUUCUACGCUCGUCCCCUAGCAAUGCUUACAACCCAUAAAGGACGUGAGAUCUUGAGGAGCACUAAAGAACUUGCGGAGGCUAUCGAUCUGCAGGUCAUAUAUGGUGACACCGACUCGGUCAUGAUUAAUACUGGCGUGGACAACUAUGCCGACGCAAUCAAAAUUGGGACUGAUUUCAAGAGAAAAGUUAAUGAGCAAUACAAACUCCUUGAGAUUGACAUCGACAAUGUGUUCCAGCGGCUACUGUUGCAUGCAAAGAAGAAAUACGCGGCAAUAAAUUAUGUCGAGAUUAACGGAAAAUUAGCUACGAAGUUGGAGCUAUCGAAAGACGCCUCGUCGCACAUAUUGGCCGAAAUUUUCUCGGGGGAUGACACCGAGGUUGUUGUAGAGAGGAUCCAUGAAUACCUCCGUGGCCUAGCUGAGAAGGUUCGAGAGAAUGCGUUUCCCUUGAUGAAAUAUAUUAUAUAUACCAAACUCGGAAAAAGCCUCGACGAGUAUGGUACUAGCUUGCAAACUAUGCCCCAGGUCCAAGUGGCUUUGCGGAAGAAUGCCCGCGGGGAGCCCGUAAAAAGUGGCGACGUUGUUUCAUAUGUCAUUACGGGUGGUGAAGGGAGUGAAGCACCAGACAAGAAUGUUUCCGACCGAGCUUACGCACCCCAAGACAUCAUGAAGACUGAUUCCGGCUUGAAGCCUGUAGAUGCGGAAUGGUAUCUUAUCAAACAGAUAUUUCCACCUAUUGAACGUCUUUGUGGGCCCAUCGAAGGAACGGAUGCCAUGAGGCUGGCAGAGUGCCUUGGGCUUGAUACACGCAAAUACCAGAUUACCAAUGCCCCGGAUCAAGAAGACCGCACCAUACAUCCCUUGGAAUCCACCCUUCCGGAUGAGGAGAGGUUCAAGGAUGCUGUUAGACUCCAACUUCAAUGCCGGGCUUGUGGAGAAUCAUUCCAAUUUGAAGGACUAAUUUUGUCCUAUGAGUGCUGCUCUCAUGAAGGAAUCGUUUGCAGAAACGCGUCUUGCAAUAAAGUAUUAAGCGUCCCGUCGAUUGUGGCACAGGUUGAGUGCCAAAUUCGCCAACUGACAUCAAAAUAUUAUGAAGCCUGGCUGGUUUGCGAUGAUGCCGCCUGUGGAAACAGAACACGGCAAAUGAACGUCUAUGGGAAACGUUGUCUUGGGCCAAACAGACUUGCAGAUGAGUGUAGGGGUGUCAUGGGAUAUGAGUACACAGAUAAAAUGUUGUACACCCAACUCUUAUAUUUCUCCAGCCUUUUCAACGUUGGGAAGGCAACAGCAAAACCGAAAGAUGGUUCAGAGAAGCAAGAGACCAUCACGGCAUUAGCUCGAACGAACCAACCGAGGUUUGAAGUGAUCUCGAAUGUCGUCCAGAAAUACCUUGAUAAGUGCGGGAGACAAUGGGUUUCAAUGGAUAGUAUAUUCGCUUUCAGUGUUGGGGUCUAG